AUGGCCAAUAUCUCUUGUGUAAUCUCCCGUGUAAUGUUUCAAUAUGUAAAAGUUGCAGCCCUUUCCUCACCCUUUGCGGAGAGUAAGAGUGCAAAAACCAUUGAAUGUUCAGGUUCGCUGACAUUUGACUGCUCAUAUCUUUGAACAUCUUUUGCACUUUUAGGCUGGAUUACGGUAACAUUCUUGGUGACAUCAGCCAGAAUACUCAAGUGGGUGCACAAAGCUACUUUGCCAGCGGAUCUUUGCGUGCGCCAAACAUCGUGUCUCAAAACAAAAGCGGAGGAUUCAUCCAAGCGCAUUAUGCAGGUUUUCUACACAGUUUUGAUUACGGUAAGUGGCAUUUCUUGAUCUUUAAUUUUUUUAGGUAGCCGUUGCUGUAAAUGGGCAGUUGUUUGAAGAAGAGGAUCUGUCUCCCGAGGAAUGUAAAGAAGCGGGAUUUAAUCCGGCCACAUUGAAAUGCGGCACAUGCAAAUUGUUACCUCAAUAUAAUCUGGAUUUAAUUGUCAGUGAUUGCGAGAAAUGUUGUCUCAAAGAGAGCGACAAAGGUCAUGAAGUGAGUAGAAGCCAUGCUUUUUGAUAACUUUAAUGGUUUUAGAAAUAUCCACUUGCUCAAAUUGAAAUCUGCGAAUGUAAUUUGCAACGAUUCCCUCAGGUGAACGGUAAGUAGAGAUUGAGGUGCCAAAAGUACAGAUUUACAAGCGAACAUGACGUUUGGGAUUAAAUAAUCUAAAGAUUGGCUGGAUCGUGAUAUAAACCGAUUUUAGGCACCAGCUUUUUCAAACAUGUGUGAUGUUUUCUAAAAAUUUGACUGAUGAAAUUCGAUAAGAUAUGUUAAAAUAUCAAUAACAUAUAAACGCGCAGAGACAUUGUUGGGGUUGGGGUUUUUGUCUCGGUCUGCGUUUUCGUCUAAACGCCCUUUUAUGCCGUCGAACCUCUUUUUUUGAAAGAAUAUUUCCGUGAAUUAUGGAUUAGAUUUUCUGACGGAGAUUAUUAUACUUUGACGGAAGUCUGAACCGCCAUUUUUGCAGCCUUCGUUAAGACCGAGUUAAGUCAACAAUGGGGAAACAAACUAAGAAUUCGGCAUGUUCGAGGAACCCUGCCCACCACCGUCCUUAAAGACAGUGAAGGGCAGCCUCAGAAGACGUUGAAUAUCGAAAAAUGGGAUACUGACACCAUCACAGACUUCCUCAACGACUGGUUGGAAUAG